UGUGUGAAAUUUGUGAAUGAGCACAGAGGUCACAUGGUACAAGGCUAUUCACAACAGCCUUGUGCCAUGUGACAAGCUGUGACCAAUCACAGCUCACUCAGUAGUUCUCUAUGGCUGCAAGAGUGACUUUGCAUUUCCUGGCAGGGUUUGCACACACGGCACCGCCCUACCUGUGCUGCUACUGGCUCCUGAGGAUGUCGAUCACCGGGUCCCGGUUGGAGACGCCUGGCCUGGGACUCUGUGAUCGUCGGCAAAGCUGAGAGGGGAGCAAAUUGUGUGUAAAUAACACAGGUCUCUCUCCUGUCAGCGUGGGGCGUGCUGCUUUCUA